UGAUGAUGCUGCACAUGGUUACUUGUACAUUUUAAUUACUUCUUGAUUGUUAAUGCAAAAAAAAACUUGCUGAGUGUAACUGUAAGACUGUCUUUCAUUAAUGUAAUGUAUCUGUCAUACUAGCCCUGUUAGAUCUGCUGUUCUGACCUUUCAUUUUCCCAGCAAAAUGUCUCAUGAGAAACUCUGCGAGUCCAGUUGCCUAUCUGUAAUGGUCACGCAUAUCUGUGCCUUGCAGCAUGUGCCACAGUUCAAGUAAGAACAUGGGCAGCUGACAAACACCAUGAAGAACCUGGUGUUUUUUCUGAACAUGCUGCCCAUGUUCGGUCAAUGAGUCUUGGGGCAGCGCCAACACAAAGGCUCCUCUCUCCCCUCUUACCUCAACUGCUUUACUCCUGCUUCUAGAGAAUGGGUGUGAAUACAAAUAGGUCAGUAGCCCAGCCCACCCCCACUUCCCUUGAACAGAGCAGGCAGCAACAGCAGCAGAGGCGGCGUGACGUGUUGGGAGAGCGUAAAGCUGCUUUUCUCAGACCGAACACUGAACUCAGAGAGAGCUACCUCUCGUUCUUCUUCUUCCUCCUCCCCCGCCUGCUGCUUUCACCCCUUCACGGAGACAGCACAUCGACAGAGCAGAGCGUGAGGAGCUGCUAAAUGAGGAGCGUAAGACAAGGACACUGAAGAGGGGGGAAAAAAAAAAAAAAAAGAAAAAAGGACGCACGCUCGUGGUGUGGAAGAUGGCAAGCGAACAUGGGAAGCAGAGACGAAGGCAGAGAAGAAACGAGGAUCAGCACGGGCAUGGGAGAAAAAGCUGAACAGAGAGACGUAAGGCUUAUGCACGAUUCAGCUGGAUCUCCAUCUAACCACUGCUGCUUUGAUACACGCCAUGACAACGAGGGCAGCGAAAGGACCCUCUCCUCCCUUUAGCCAGAAGCAGCAGCGUUAGUCGCGAGAGCACCGUUAAACGCAAACCUCUGGGAACAAUGCGGCAAGGCAGAUAAAGAAAGCUGCAACGCUGUGACACAUGCAAACUACGCACACAUCACUGCCUGGAAAACUGAACUGUCUUGUGAUGAACAUGUUGGAAAACAAUUCUUCAGCCCAACAAGGGGUUUGGGACAUGCAUCAGAGGAGAGGAACGAGGAUAUGAGCCAUCAAACUGCAGCGACGCAUGAUUCUGAUUUAGACAAGAGCACAGGAGAGAAGGGGGCGACCACUGUGUGAGGAGCAAUCACACAAUCACACACAGGAAUGACAGACACCAAUGAGAGAGAGGAAAAUUGCUGGACAAAUUCAGCACCUCGUCGAACCAGCCGAUGACUGACCAACCACCGUGACCGAGUGAAGCGGUGCUAAAGGAACCAUGCAGUGGAGACGCCGCCACUGCUGUACGCACACAGCUAAACUUCUUUGUUUCCUGUCACUGUCGGGCGUUCUGCUCUUUCUGGUUCAACAGGUGUGGCCGCCAAGGCUGGCUCGUAUGCUGCGGUGGCGAGGUAACCCCGUGGUGUUCGGAGGUGGAGGGCUUCACAACACCAAAGCCAAGUGGAACGCCAGCGCCAAACAUUCAGCGUGGCGCUUUGUGAUCGUUCCUCAGCCAACUUUCAACGCGGAUGCCAACAUCAGCUCCCACGAGAAGCAGGGUCUGUCCUCCCCUCAAGGAGACCAAGGUUUUGACAACACCUUGGCAGCAAACUCCAGUCAAAGUCAAGAGAGAGACGUUACAAGCACAAUAACACACGGGCCUUUUCCUUAUAUCAUCAACGAGCCAGACAAAUGCACAAAGAACAGCCCUGCACCGUUUUUGGUGUUGCUGAUCGCCACAGAGGCUCGGCAGGUGGAGGCAAGGAACGCCAUACGGCAGACGUGGGGGAACGAGAGUAUUGCCCCGGCUUUGGGAUUCAUCCGCCUCUUUCUGCUGGGGAAAAAAGACGGAGAGCUGGGCCGUCUGCAACAAAGCAUGCUGGAAUCAGAGAGCCGGAAGCAUCACGAUAUCGUUCAGCAGGACUUUCUGGAUUCCUACAAAAACCUGACAUUAAAGACACUAAUGGGAAUGAACUGGGUUGUGAUGCACUGCCCGCAAGCCCGAUAUGUCAUGAAAACCGACAGCGACAUGUUUGUCAACGUGGAGAAUCUCAUUUAUAAGUUGCUCAGGCCAGAAUUGCAACCCAAAAAGAACUACUUCACGGGCAAUAACAUGAGAGGUUACGCACCCAACCGAAACAAAAACAGCAAGUGGUACAUGCCUCCAGAGCUGUACCCAGAAGAAAAGUACCCGACGUUUUGCUCGGGGACCGGCUACGUCUUCUCUGGAGACAUAGCGAGGAAAAUCUAUCAAGUAUCUCUGAGCAUCCGCCACCUGCACCUGGAGGACGUGUACGUGGGAAUAUGCCUGGCCAAGCUCCGAAUUGAGCCCAUGCCUCCACCCAAUGAGUUCUUGUUCAACCAUUGGCGGGUGUCUUACUCCAGCUGCAAGUACAGCCAUCUGAUAACGUCACACGGAUUUCAUCCCAAUGAACUCCUUAAAUACUGGCACCACCUUCAGAGCAACAAACACAACGCCUGCCUCAACACAUUUAAAGAGAGAAACAGCAAGACGCACAGAAUGAACCAAGACAAACCAGCCCAGUGACUUAAUGGUACAUGCACAAGCUCCUUGCCACAUAAUGAUCUGUAGCUCAAGCACAUUUUCCUAACUUGCCAUCAAAGAUUUAUUCCUCUCUUUAUCCUUAUGGAAACACAAUACAAUAUGGGUAAAUGAGUAAAACUGUUGCCAAUUUUGUACGAAAUACAUAUUAAAAAAAUUGUUUUUUUUUAUUUGUCAGUUAAACCAUUUGGGGCGUUUACCUACAGAGUUUUAUUUUAUGAAAGAGGAUGCAUUUCAAUGUUCGGUGAUAAACUGUGUGAUGAACAGACUGUGUGAAGAAACGAAAAAAUAAACUUUUCCACACAUGC